UCAUGCUGCUGCCAGGUCCAGAGUCUCUCAUGGGUCCCUGUACGGCCUCCCAUUGCUGCUGUCUCCAUCGCCACACUCUGCCAUGUGCCACUUUCAGGUCUCCUCACACUGCUGGUGUGUUCCAUUUUUUGUCAUAGGGUGCUGGCAGAUUACGGGCCUCCCAUAGCUGCUGCCAGGCCCCUAAUCUGCCAUGGGCCCCUGUACCGCCUCCUCAUGCUGCUGCCAGGUCCAGAGUCUCUCAUGGGUCCCUGUACGGCCUCCCAUUGCUGCUGUCUCCAUCGCCACACUCUGCCAUGUGCCACUUUCAGGUCUCCUCACACUGCUGGUGUGUUCCAUUUU